UUAUACUGCAUACUGGCUUCUAGCAGUGACGCUUCUACAUCUGCCGGUAGCCCAGCUUGCACUAUGGUUAAAAGGAACAUUCCAGGAAUCUGAAAGUUUUAUGAAAUCACCUUUCCUAUCCAUUUUAUCUCAUGUGAUCUUUGGCUGAGAGGAUUACAGGACGAAACACUAGUUGAAGUUUGCGCUGGAAAAAGAAAACAUGAAUACGAUUGGAGAAGAAGAAAGCCAGCCUGAUUUCAACAAAGAAAAUGAGGAAAAAGGAGAUAAUGAAAACAUGAAUACGAUUGGAGAAGAACAAAACCAUCCUGAUGUCAAAAAAGAAAAUGAGGAAAAAGGACAUAAUGAAAACAUGAAUACGAUUAGAGAAGAAGAAAACCAUCCUGAUGUCAAAAAAGAAAAUGAGGAAAAAGGACAUAAUGAAAACAUGAAUACGAUUGGAGAAGAAGAAAACCAUCCUGAUGUCAAAAAAGAAAAUGAGGAAAAAGGACAUAAUGAAAACAUGAAUACGAUUGGAGAAGAAGAAAACCAUCCUGAUGUCAAAAAAGAAAAUGAGGAAAAAGGACAUAAUAAAAACAUGAAUACGAUUGGAGAAGAACAAAACCAUCCUGAUGUCAAAAAAGAAAAUGAGGAAAAAGGACAUAAUAAAAACAUGAAUACGAUUGGAGAAGAAGAAAACCAUCCUGAUGUCAAAAAAGAAAAUGAGGAAAAAGGACAUAAUAAAAACAUGAAUACGAUUGGAGAAGAAGAAAACCAUCCUGAUGUCAAAAAAGAAAAUGAGGAAAAAGGACAUAAUGAUAAGAAAAUUUCCCUUGGAGAGCUCCUGGCAAAAAUGAAAAUGGAAUCAUUUCAAUCUAAUAAAUUGUCUUUGUUUACAUUUCUUCAGAUUGGAGCAGAAAGUUCCGAAACAAUGGACUCUUACUCCAAUGAAUCCUUAGCCUGGCAUUUCAUCCAUAAAAUAAUUGCAUUAAAUGGAACAGCAAGGAACAUAGGUCUAAAUAAUGAAAACAGUAGCCAAACAUUUGAUGAUUAUUUGAAUGAUGAUUUAGCUUGGGACAAUUCAAGCAAAGUUUCUAAUUCAAUUCACCCUCUUGAUGUUCUUGCUGUCAUCCUCCAUUGUUCAGAUCAUUUUUUGCAGCAGGAAAUAUUUACAAAAAUGUCCCUCUGCCAGUUUGCAGUCCCUUUAUUGCUCCCAAAAACGGAUGGUCUGAAUUUCACCUUCAUGCUGUGGGUAAUGAGAGACAUUGUUAAACGAUGGAGACCAGAAUCAUUAUCAGAGAGCAAGGGCUUUAGAGAAGAAAACCUGGUCCAAAUAAAAAUGCCAACAUUCUCUUUUGUAAGACUGGGACAAAGUAAAUUAUCUAAGUCGAAAACUUUGAAUCAAGUUCUUAGUCCAACUUAUCUCAACCAUAACUGGUUUGUCCAUGAUAAUAUGGAAGGAGGGAAUAGUAUAAGGACAGUGUCUGAUGGAUUAGUAGAAAUAGCUUGGUAUUUUCCUGGGGGUAACAGGAGCUCAGAUAUUUUUCCUGAACCUGUUGCAGCUUCAAAUUUACGUGGAAACAUUGAGAGUAAUUUAAAACAAUUUGAUUUUCUAACACAAAUAUCAUCAGCAGUUUUUAUAUUUAUUCAAACUAUCAAUGAAAAUCAGUAUGAAUUACUGCUGAAGUAUAAAAAAACAAACACAAAGUUUGUCCUUAUUAUAAUACCAAAAUAUGAUAAACUGGACAAAGACACAAGAGAAUUUCUGAAGACACUGACCUCAGUGUUUAAUAAGGUAACUGUCUUAGUGUUUGAUAAGGCAACUACUGAAGCUGCAUUUGUGAAAAGGAUUCAAUCAACUCUUUCCAGCAUGAUAAAACUAUAUUCAAAUCCCCAUAGCAUAGAGGACAUGGCACAUGCAGCAUCUACCAUGGGAUUCAUUAUCGAUGAAAAUAGGAAGGAAUGUCAGGCUGCAAAAGCAGAAGCCAAAGUAAUAACAGAUGAGAUAAUGGAUGUGGUUGAAUACAAGAGACAUACUAUGAAACUGCAAGGGGAGCCUCUGAGAGAACUGGCCAGAUUAGAAAAAGAAAUGUGUCAAAUGAAGAGACAAGGUAAUGAUAGCUCGGAACACUACAAAUCCAAACUAAUAAAUAAACAUGCCAUGAUACGGGCACAGCAAUGUCGCUGUGAGGUUCCAUCCGGCAUACAGAAAUUUAUUAAAGCAAUAGAGAACAAAAACUCUGUAGAAAAACAAUAUUUCUUAAAAUGGAUUCGAUUUUACCUUGAUUUAACUGCAAGACAGAACCUCUCACUGUUGCAAGCAGAAUACAAACAGAAAUAUAAUACUGCCAGUAAAGAAAUGCUCUCAGCACUGGACAAGAAAAUAUCAGACACCUCGCUGGGAAUUGAACAUUUCCUAAGGGAACUGGGUCAAAUGUAUGAGGCUGACUAUUUUACAAUUAAAGAUUUAAAUAAAAGAAAAUUCAGAGAAUUACCAGGAAUCGCAGCUGAUCUUUUAUUAGAUGGAUUCCCACUGGAACUGAUUGAUGGAGAUGUCUCAAAUAUCCCUCUGCAGUGGAUAAAAGAUGUCCUUACUCAGCUGGAUAAAAAAACAGGCAAGAAAUGCAGAAUAAGAGCAAUUACAGUCCUUGGAGUACAGAGUACAGGCAAAUCCACACUAUUAAACACCAUGUUUGGGUUACAGUUCCCUGUGGCUAAUGGACGAUGCACUCGAGGAGCCUUUAUGUCACUAAUUAAAGUGAAAAGAAACUUUCAGAGGGAGUUGGGUUGUGAGUUUAUUCUGGUCAUUGAUACUGAAGGUUUGAAAGCUCCUGAGCUGGCUUUUUUGGAUGAGAGUUAUGAACAUGACAAUGAGUUGGCUACACUAGUAGUUGGAUUGAGCGAUAUUACUAUAUUUAAUAUGGCCAUGGAAAACACCACUGAAAUGAAAGAUACAUUGCAGAUUGUUGUCCAUGCCUUUCUCAGGAUGAAGGAAGUUGGCAAAAAGCCAAACUGCCAGUUCGUACAUCAGAAUGUGAGUGAUGUCUCUGCUCAUGAAAAGAACAUGAGAGACAGAAAACGAUUCCUUGAACAGCUGAAUGAAAUGACUGGAAUUGCUGCAAAAAUGGAGAAGAAAUAUACAAUAAAUAAAUUCUCUGACAUUAUGGAGUAUGAUCUAGAGAGACACAACUGGUACAUUCCUGGGUUAUGGCAUGGAGUCCCACCAAUGGCCCCAGUAAAUACUGGCUAUAGCAAUAGCAUCAAUGAACUUAAAACACAUCUACUUGAAAUUAUGCAGACAAGUAAGGCUGUUAAUAUAGUGGAAUAUAUCACAUGGAUAUCAAGUUUGUGGAAUGCUGUAAAACAUGAGAACUUUAUAUUCAGUUUUCGGAACAGUCUAGUAGCUAAAGCCUACAAUCAGCUGGCCAAGAGAUAUUCUGAGCUGGAGUGGGAAUUUGAUAAAACAAUGCUUGAAUGGGUGACUAGAACAGAAACAGUGAUCAAAAAUCAGUCACUAAAUACAGUGGAAGAAAAAGCCAAAGAGUGUAUCAAUGAUGCCCACUAUAUUCUCUCAAAAGAGGAAAAAACUAUGCAAUCUGCACUUGAGGACUAUUUUAAAAAAGAAACAGAUGUCUUACCUUUAAUAGAGCGAUAUAGAGAGGAUUUUUUUAACAGUAUAAAAAAUCAUAGGAAAAAGCAUGAAUCUGUGACUAUUAGCAAAGUAGAAGAGACCAUUGUUAUACAGAAAGAGAAACACAAGAUCCAAUGUGUACAAGACAGAUACAUAGAAACCAUUGAAAGAAAAGUCACCUGCCUUCUAGAAGAUUGCAGAAAUAAACAUCAUCAACUUACUGAAAUAGAACUAAAUCUAGAGUUCGAGAGGAUGUGGGCAAACACCAUUUCAGAGUUAAAAAUUACUCGGUUACAAAGAUCCAACAUUGAGAGCAAAAUGCUGGAAAUUAUUACUAAAGACAUGAAAACCAGAGGGUCAUUUAUCAAUGAAAAGUUACAACAACUCAAAAGGCUUCCAAGAGCAAAUGAGAAAUUAGUGAUAAACUCUCAGUCUUUAACAGACUCCAUUGCCAAAGUUUGGAAAUAUAUUGUUGGACGUUCCAGUGAGCCUAAGAAUCCUACUAUAGAAGAUACUUUUGCAAACACUGUGUUAAACACAUGUUCUCAGUAUGUUAAAAGACAGGUCACAUGUGAUGCUGAUUAUAAUGAUGCAUAUUGCUGGGAACUUGUGAAAAUAAUCAAUAAUAUGUGUGAAAAGAAUGAUAGGAAGGGCUUGCAGUUACAUGCAGAGUAUGAGUUGAAUUUGAAACUCUGUGCUUUGGGAAAUGCUGCAGAACAUUUCCAACAUAUGCACGAUGAGUUCAUCAGAAAAAAUGACCCACUUUUCCGUCUUACAGCUUUGAAAUCUACAUAUUUAGCCACGUUCAAAAACACCUUUCAAGAAAAAGAUGAGAGCUUUAACAGAGCGAAACGUUUCUGUGAAUCCUGCAUCAAGCCGGCUCUGGCCGAUCAGAUUAAUAGAAUACUUGGAAUAAAAAUAGUAGAUGAUAUUUUAUCAAGUAGUGACUCCUUAGUGUUUAAACAGAGAACUUUCUUCCAAUACAAAAUGCUGAGCACCUUAAUAAAACAUAAAAAUAUCAAUGAUUACAUAAAAUAUACAGAGGAUUAUGGACAAUUUGUCAAAAUCUGGAUAGAGAAAUACAUUGCCAAUACAUAUACAAACUUUCAUUCUUUGCAGUUCAACGUACUUUCUGGAGCCAUACAGAGAAUAAAUGAAGUUCUGAGGGAUACAGAAAUUGUAGAAUGUAAAAGUGUGAGUGAUUUUCUUGAAAUGUUUUGUGCCAAGUUAGAUCAAGAUUUGGCUCUAAAUCAGGAUGAAAUGAAGGCAAUUGUUUUUAAAACAACAGCACCUAUUAAAGAAUUUACUGAUAACAUCUGCUUGUUUCUUAAUGACAUGGAAGAAGUAUUAAAGUCAGAGAUAAAAGAUCAGGACAGAGAAUCUCUGCAUUGCAAACUGACAAUUAAGCCAGAGGAAGAAUUGUUUAAAAAGGUGAUUGGAUGUGGGAAGCAGUGCCCAUUCUGUAAGGUGCCCUGUGAGGCUGGGGCUACUGAGCACAAUAAACACUUUGCAACUAUACACCGACCUCAGGGUUUAGGAAGAUACAGGUACCAUGAUACAAAGAUUCUGGCACAUGAAAUAUGUUCCACUGAGGUAGUAAGCAAUAAAUCAUUCAGCAAUUCAGAUACAAAAGAAAAAUGGCAUCCAUUCAAAGAUUAUUGCACUUAUUACCCUGACUGGGCCAUUCAACCCGACCCAAGCAUUGAUGCAUCCGACUACUGGAAAUUCAUUCUUAAGGAGUUUAAUAAAGAAUUUGCAAACGUUUAUGCAGCUAAACCAGCUGAAAUACCAGAUAGUACCUGGCAAGAAAUAACUGAAGAACAAGCUAUAGAAAGUCUCAAGAAAACUUUUAAUCUGCAAUGAAAGUGUCUACUUAAGAAAGGGUGAAUCUAGAUUAAUCUAAAUAAAAAAUAGUUUAGCCAAAGAUAUUAUUUCUCUUAUAUUUCUAUACUUCUACUUUGAUUUUAGAAUUGAGGUAUAGCUGUCAUAAAAGGAAUUAAAUAGAUGCCUUUUAAAAGUUAUGUUUAUGCAAGUUUUGAUGACACAUUUUAGUUUAUUCCUGCCUGAUAUAACAAUACUGUAUGAAUAUUAUCUCUUUUGAG